UCGGUGUGGGGGAAUUUUUUCGAUCUUCGGUCUCUCGCUCGCUCGCUUGCUCGCGCUUGGAUCGGGAGCUGAGAAUCGCGAUGGCGGAUGUGGAGAAUCUCAAUUGCGGCGAUGUUCCGCGGCGCAAGAAGGGGUCGCCGGUGGGAUGGUUCCCCAGGGGCAAGAAGGAGUCCUAUCUGGAGCGCAAGAUUCGGCUGCUUCACCAGGAAGCGCAAGGGAUGACAACCUCCCUCGAUGAGACUCUACUAGGGAGCCGCCAUCUCUCACGCAUCGAGAAGGAGAAGCGAUCGGCAGUAGCGGCUGCCCAGGAGGCUACCGAGACCCGGAAGAGCGCCCUCGUGGAAGCGUCGUGGUGCCGCAUUCUCAAAGCUGCCCGUCUACCAUUCAUGUCGGCCGCACUGGAGCUUCAAAAGGCCGAGAAGAAAGCUGCCGAGGCCUUCAACAAGGCUGCUUUUCUGGGCGUUGUGCUGAGAACGAACAGCCAGAAUCUGAGAGGUGAGGCGCCAGAGGCAAAUGCCGGGACACCGUCGUCCAGGCACAAAGUCACAGCGUCCCUUGACACCGCUUUCGAGGUUGACGAGGAAGUAGCAGCCGCGCUAAAGUCCGCCCUUGAGCAGAUCGAGAGAACUUCCGAGCCUGCGACAGAAGCCGGUGAUCAUUCUCUCGAGGCUGGUGACACCGACCAUCUCAAAGACUCGGUUCGAGCUGAUAGUAACGACGAGACGACGGCCAGUCCUCUAACAUGCCUCAUGCUCGACCGGGUGAGGAGUCUACAGCCGGAACAGCGUGCUUCUCUAGCCUCCAUGGUCGCGAGCCGUGGCCUCAAUGCACUCCUCAAGGAAGAGAGCUACGAGCAGGAACUUAACGCGAAGAAUGGCAAGGCCGGGCUGGGCGAUGUGCUGGUCAAGCAUGUCUCGCGUCUGGAAGCCGAGAAGGCAGCUGCGGCGACGAUGGUUGCAGCCAGACAGGAUGAAGCAGAGACCAGAGAGCCGCUAGCGGAGAUGUCCAACGCCGCGGAGCUAGAGCCCGUGAAGAAGGCGUCGAGGCUGGAGAUGGAGAAGCAAUCGUUCGCAGCUCCAAGGCCUGGUAGCAGCAGCAGCAGCUCGCAGAGGCGGAAGCAAAGGGAGCAAGAGUCGGCCAGUUCCUGGGGUGGCCUCGAUUUCGGGAGCUCUUUGAAACGCCAUAUAUCCAAGCUCGAAGCCGAACAGGCUGCUUGGCGGCGCGCGGCUGAGGAUGCAAGGAACAAAUAAAAAACGGAAGCGAAGUUUAAGCUGCCGAGAAAAUGUUCUCUUCCCGCAAGUUAGGAGGAAGAACUGCCCACAAGAUUCCAAGGCUCGAAACAUGACUGUUUGUAAAACUCGCUGACAAAACUUCCACUUAACUGGACAAUAGUUACGGGGUAAAGUUGGUAAAGAUAGGCAUAUGCUGUUUUGCCAGCUCAUUCCGAAGUUGUGGGCCAGGUCUAAAUUUAUUAGUGGCCACGAUCAAUAACACAGGUGUCCGCCUUGAUUUCUGAGAAAAA